CAUGUGUGUGCGUGUGUGUGUGCGUGUGAGUGUGUGUGUGUGUGUGUUGCAGUUACGCUGAAUCACCACCAUCAGGCAAUGUAACACUCUUGUCUGGCGGUGGCAGUCAACGGGUCCUGACUCAGGAGAGAAAACGUCUCUCUCUCUUUCCAGCACUUUCUAGUUUAUCCUUGCUGACUGACAACAUCCUCUCCAAACCCCGUGGAGGAAACUUCUCUGCUGUGUUUCAUUCCUCAUCACCCCCUCCUUGUGCGGAUCCGUGACUUUACCCAGUUGUAGACAUCAGCUGGGAGUUAAGGCUCUGUUUUUUUUAUUCCUUUUUGUUUUUUAAGAGAGUGGCGUGUGUGUGAGUGUGCGUGAGUCAGUAUGCCAUGUCGUCCCCUGGCUCGUCAUUUGUACAGAUAAAGCAUGAGGACUUGCUUUUCUAUGAGAACUGUGGAGGCGGCAGCUUUGGGAGUGUCUACAGAGCCCUUUGGAUAUCCCAAGACAAGGAGGUGGCUGUGAAGAAGCUUUUGAAAAUCGACAAAGAGGCUGAGAUUCUCAGCGUACUGAGCCAUAAGAACGUCAUAAAGUUUUAUGGAGCCGUGCUGGAAUCCCCUAACUAUGCCAUUGUCACAGAAUUUGCAAGUGAAGGCUCUCUGUAUGAGUACCUUUCCAGUGAGCAGAGUGAAGAGAUGGACAUGGAGCAGAUCAUGACGUGGGCCAUACAGAUAGCCAAAGGGAUACAUUACCUCCAUGCAGAAGCUCCAGUCAAAGUGAUACACAGAGACCUGAAGUCACGAAAUGUGGUGAUGACAGCAGAUAAAGUGCUGAAGAUUUGUGACUUUGGAGCUUCAAAGUUUCUGUCUCACACCACUCACAUGACCGUGGUGGGCACUUUUCCGUGGAUGGCUCCUGAAGUCAUCCAGAGUCUACCUGUGUCUGAGACCUGUGACACCUACUCAUACGGUGUGGUGUUAUGGGAGAUGCUGACUCGGGAGGUUCCUUUCAAAGGGUUUGAGGGGCUGCAGGUAGCCUGGCUGGUGGUAGAAAAACAGGAGAGGCUAACCAUCCCCACUAGUUGUCCUGCAAGCUUUGCAGAGUUGAUGCGGAAAUGUUGGCAAGCAGAUCCGAAGGAACGACCGCAAUUUAAGCAGGUUCUGUUAACCUUGGAGGCCAUGGCAAAUGACAGCAGGCUUCCAGACCAAUGCAACUCCUUCCUGCAUAACAAGGACCAGUGGAGGUGUGAGAUAGAGUCGACUCUGGAGCGUCUACGGAAACUAGAGAGGGAGCUUUACUCCAAAGAGAAGGAGCUGGAGGAGAGGGAGAGGAGGUUGAAACUGUGGGAGGAGAGGCUGAUGGAGCAGUCCAACAUGUCUCCCAGUCCAACCUCUCUGCUCAUGGAACGCUCGAACAUUUCACCUUUCUUCACACCGAUGUCAAUUGGCUCCUCCGGUUCAUUCUUCCGCUCACACUCCCAGGACUCCAGCAGCGCUGGCCUCAGCAGCGCUGGCCUCAGCAGCGCAGGUGUCAGUACUCUCUUCCGCACGCUCAGUAAUGGAGACACAGAGAGAGGGAGCAGUGCCACCAUGGAAAGGGGGAUUGGCUCGCUCGAAAGCGGGAGACUGCAUGCCAUGCUCCGGGAGAUGCAUGGAAAGUUUGAAGAGGAAGACGGGGAAGAGGAGAGAACUAUUGAGGAGAAAGGUUGGGGUAAGAAGGAACAAAAUGAUAGUGGGAGUCUAGAGGGCGGACGGGUGCAAGUAACACUCAGGAGCUUCCCGGGAGGUGUAGUGGAGAGGGAGGAGAGGACCUGGGGGGAGGGGGACAGGGAGAGGGGAGGCAUGCAGAGAAGCAGAGUGACCACCAUAGUCCGAGGGUACUCGGGAGGAUUUGGGGAGGCAGAAGAUGACAGCGAGAAAGAGGGAGGAUGGGAGAUAGAAAAACCUGGAGACAGGAUUGAGGAGAAAGGGGUGGAGGGAGGACUUGAAGGAGGGAGGCUGCCGACUAUGUUCAAGAGCAUCCAUGGAAGUUUUGGAGGACUGGGAGACAUGCUGUCUUUAGAUAUCGAUGACAUGGGGGAGGUGGAGAAACUUGGAGACAUGGACAUGAACAUGGGUGAACUGGGAGUGAUGAAGAUGAUGGGUCGUGGUGUCAGGAGUGAGCUGGGAGUCAGGAGUCGCAGGAGUGACGUGGGACUCGUAGUCCAGGGAGUCAGAGGCAACCUCGGCGAGUCUGUCAGUCAGAAGAUGAGGGGUGAGGUGGGCAUCGUCGGUCGCUCUGGGAUGCAGGUGAGCAUGCGAGCGUCCUCCAAUCAGAACUCUGUGAAGAGCUGCAGUGUGAGACACGGAACCAAGCUCAACAUGGCUACAGCGGCCAUGGACAUGAUGGAGCUGGACUGGUCCGACAGUGACUAGAAAAGACACGAUCAGACACACGCAGCAACAAAAACACAAGAAAACAAACGGUGGCCAAAGUGAGAGGUUCUGACUUGUCUGUCAGCACAUGCAGCAUCUGAGCUACAAAAUGUGCAUUACAAGCCUUCUUUCUUUCUUUUUUAUUAAAUGGUAAAUAUUACACCCAUUCAAAAGGAGCAAAAGAACAAAUCAAGCCCCUUUCAGCCAUGAGAUGGCAAAAAUGAUUAUUUAUAUUUGUGUAGGCCUCAGAGAGGCUGCAGCUCUGGUGUUUAGACAACCUUUUAAACCUGAGAAUGACAAACAACAACCCUUAAAGCAGAAACACACGAUCACACACCAAAUUACAAGAUGAUAUUAGUACCAUGUUGAAACAGAAGGUCGUCUGUGAAAAGGCUCCUGGCUGUUCUAAAGUAAAGCCGACAUGCUGACAGAUGCAGGUCUGAAAGGGGCUUUAAGAGGGUUCGUCGCCAUGUUGCCUGACUGAUUCACCUGUGUAAUUUAAUUUGCUUGAUAAUCUGCUGCAUAACAUACUGUAAAAGGUACAAGUGUGACAAAAUAAUGCACUUGGAUGCCACUCUAAUGAGACAGCACUGUUGUUUUUCCUCCUGCUUAUACUUUUUUUUAAGUUUGUUGAUUUGAUGCUUUGACUCUACCAGUUCUAACUGUGACCUAGUGUGUGAAUUCUUGGCAUUUUUUCUGUAUAUUGUAUUAUUUUUAAAUAAAAAACUUCAGAUUCCA